GCGCUAUGCGCAAAAAACAAAGAAGAGAAGGAUCUGGACUCUGGCGUCGACUUCACGGCGACGAACCGGCUUGCGCGGCUGCUGCUGGCGCAGCCGAAUCUGAGGUGUCCGCCCCCGCCCCAGAUCGUCACGCCGAAGCUGUCGCAGGUAGUGAACAACACGAAGGAGGAAGGAAACCAACUGUUCAAAGCAGGCCAGCCAGACAAGGCCGUCGCCAAAUACACCUUGGCCGCGAACUACGCUAUGCAGCGCCCACCUUGGGAAGCCAGUCAACUCAUGCGAGACGAGCUCUCCACCGUCAUCUCCAACCGAUCCGCUGCGUACCUCGAAUCGGGCGACCUGAUUGGUGCUCUCGUAGACGCAGAAACCGUCAUCGCGCUCAAGCGGCCAUGGAGUAAGGGGCACUUCAGAAAAGCAAAGGCACUGGUGGAGAUGGGCGAGUUGAAGGAGGCGAAGGACGCGAUCAACCUCGGCUUACAGUUCGAGCCAAAUAAUACGGAAAUGAACAGCUUCCUGGCUGAAAUAUAUGCCCUGAUCAAGAAAGCAGAAGAGGGGAAGGCAGCAGCACGAGCGUCCUCGCCAUUAGCCAAGUCAUAGCGCUACACACCGGUAUUCACGCACAUACUUCCUUCCCCCCUGAUACCUCCACUCGCUAAUCCUGCUGGUACAUGGUCGCAUCUUGUAUCCUUAUCGCACAUUGCAUACCUUCUUUAGUCCCUGUUUCACUCUAUUUAUGUACCUCUAACCUCCCGAGAAUCUCAAACGCCUCCACGCACUCCUCAGGUCUUCUGAACACCCUGAGCCGUAUAUGCUGCGGCACCUCUCGCCGUGCGCGCCAUAUUCGCAUCUGCAG